UGUCACUGCCAGAGUAUGACAGUGCAGUGUGAGGUCAUUCAAGACCAGCCGAUUUGACCAAAAUUGGCGCAGGUACAGAUACAUUCUGGAGCGAGUACUUGCCAAGCAAUAAUAUUAUUCCUUGGUACUAUUUGCUAACAGUGUGCAACAAAGUCAUGACUUAUCACCCAAGCGACUAACGAGCCGAUCAGAGAUUAAAAGUAAAAAUAACAUGCCGUAGUUUCCGAUCGAAUCCUGCCCGCCCAACUGAACAUCACAGGUUUCUUUUUCUACUAACACAACAUGGACAGACACACCGACGGCUAGUUAGCUGAUUCAAUAUUGCUAUAGCAGGGGAAAAUGGCUCCAGAAUGGGCAGUUGGAGAGAGCAAAACCUACCAACAAAAGCUGUUAGUACCAGGAACAAAUAAGAGAAAAUUAUUUGGAAUACUGGAAAAACCCAACCUACCACCAUCUGCUCCAAGCGUGACAUAUAAAAUUUUCAUGUUUGGGAAAGCAUCCUCUGGGAAGACAUGGACUAUGAAUCGACUCUCAGGACAGGAAUUACCAUGUCAACAUAUAGAAACAGUGGGAAUCCAGUGUAGUAAUGUAUAUUGGCCUAUGAAGAUUGGCAACCGUCUCAUCUUAUUUCGAUUAGAGAUCUGGGAUGCUGGGGAUUCCAGCGUCAAGCGUUACAACCAUGUUCUACCAGCAUGUCGUGAAGGAGUUGAUGCUGUGCUACUGUGUUUCUCAACAACUGAAAGAGAGAGCUGGAUAGAGCUCCCACGUUUGCUGUCAACUGCUACUCAGCCAACAGAUCGUGCAGCUGUUAUUGCUGUAGCGACAAGGUAUGAUCAGUUCUCACACCGAGAAGUAACUGAGGCAGAAAUGGAAUCCUUUGAAGCAACUCAUGGAAUACCAAUUUUGAAACUAGGCAACACUGCAGAUGAUUAUUCAGAUGAACUAACUCACACAGCACCCAUUCUCAAUUUCCUGUGUAAGCGAUUGUGGCAGCGUGACCAAGAACUGCUCUCCAUUAAGCAGUGAAUCCUCUAUGCUUUGGCUAUGUUCCAUGAAAAAAUAUAAAUAUAAAUAUAAAUAAGAGAUUUAGUAUUACCUCUUCACUUGAAUUAGAAUCUUACUGGCUCAACAGCAGUACUGGGUAUAUAUAUUUUUCAAAUACUACACCUUCCAUUUCUAAGCUUGUAUCUUCCAGAUGAGAAGGCUUAGCUCAGGUGUGUCCAUGACAGGAUGGUCAACUAUGUAUGCUAUACAUUUAUUAAUACAAAUGAUACCCAUCUAA